AGAGAGAGAGAGAGAGAGAGAGAGAGAGAGAGAGAGAGAGAGAGAUGGUCAGUUUCAGUUAAAAAAAAAAGUAGGUUGUGGUACAGUAGGUGUUAAGAUAUUGUUGGUAACCAAACCAAACACCAAUGCUCAGAAAUAUGAUCACCCAACAUCUAAGCAAGUCACCACAUAUAUCUGAUAGCCAUGAUGGAGAGAUAUCUGGUGAGGAAAUGAUGACAGAGGAAAUAGAAGAUAUAAAAAUAUAAAGAGAAUAAAACAGAGACUAUAAAGAGAGAGAGAGAGAGAGAGAGAGAGAGAGAGAGAGAGAGAGAGAGAGAGAGAGAGAGAGAGAGAGAGAAAUAGGGAGAUGUGUAAAGUACAAUAAAGAAAAAUUAAAUAUGUUAGUGGAAUUUUUUGGAAGAAGUUAAUUAGAGAUUAGGGAUAGAGAGAUUAAAAAAAGGAAGAAAGAAAGAUAAAGUAAUGACACGAGAGACGUGUAAGGAAGUCCCUGAUAAUUUCCUCUACAGUGAGUGAGAAACUGAUCAGUAGUCAGAGAAGCCACACUGAGCCACAGUCACACCAUGUGCGAGGAAGCCAUUGGCAUUUAAAUCCAUCAACAUUGGAAAAUCAUUAAUAAAAAUAAUCACAGUGAUAUGAGUACCAAGAAAACGUUCCUCUAUUUCUGAAAGGUGAUUUACCUGCAGAAUACCUCCAGAAUGAAGACAAAGAUGCUGAUUGGCCAGAUCCUGAUGCUCUCAACGAUGUCACUUAUACCUUCAAGCAAGGGCAGUGAAAAUCUGAAAUGCUACACUGAUGGCAUAAAUGUCAUUAACUGUACCUGGAACACUUCACUGGUGGAAGACAGAUUUCACAUAACACCAACCACUAACUGCUCCCUGAAAAGCAUAUUCAAUGAUUUCAGUUCAGUUCUUCAAACUCCCCAAAGUGACCUGAGGCCUCAGCAACAGCCGCAAUUACGUGAAGGGACUCUUACAUUUUCAAAAAAGUCUUUGAUUAUGGGGUCCCCAUUCGUCGAGCUGUAUGUGUGGUGUGAAAAUAUGCUUGAACCAGUGGAAGCAAUUAAGUUAUUUCACCCACCAAGUAAUGUUAAACUGUAUCCUCCGACGAGUCCACUUGUAGAAGGUGCGAAUGUCACUUGGCAGUGCGGCUCUCCUAAAUCUGAAUUUGUCAGGAAAGUGGUGUAUGAGGUGCAGUGGGGUUUGCUUGAGAACAUCUGGGAGAAGAGCCAGGUGGCAUCUACAGAAGUGGAGCACUGUGAGUUACCAGAAGACAGCCUAAUCUUAGGGAAGAAGUAUGUGGUCAGGGUUCGGUCUGUUCCUGCCAAUAAUGCACAAAUCUGGAGUGAUUGGAGUCCAUUCACUGAGUGGAAAUCCACUGUCGGUUUAAAGCCUCCACAUGAAAAGCCUACGAUACUGGGUUUCUUCAAUAUUUUAACCAGCCUUGGAAUAAUUAUAGCAGUUGCAGUCAUUUUACUGGCUUUCUUCUGCCUCCAGCGUCACAAGAGGAUAAUCAAAUGUCAUUAUGUACCCACGCCUGCAAAAUAUUUUGGAGAGCUUUUCUCAGACCAUGGAGGUGAAUUUAAGUCAUGGCUGGGUCCUACUGUGAAUGAUCUGUGUAUCAAGACUGAUUCAGAGUGCAUCUCACCUGUGACAAUCUACAAAGUCUGCAACACUGAUAUGCUAUACAAUAAGAUGGAACAAGAUGGCAAAAUAAAGGACUCCUCCAGUUUCUCCAACUCCAUUUAUUUCCUGUCCCAGAGCUCAAAAAGUGGCAUAGAAGAUCAGCUGGAGCCAUGUUCGGCAGAUUGCCCGUAUGGACCGGAAGGAGGUGGCAGUGUGCAAGAGAAUCUGCCAGCCACUCAUGAUAAUAGCAAUGACACUGAAUUGAAUGAGAUCACCAUGAGCUCGCCUUUGGAAACCUCCUCCACCUACAAGCAGCUGCAGAAGCUGCGGUUGGAAAUCCAGAGCCCGGACUCAGGGUUCGCCGGCAGCUCUAGUGAGCAAGAAAGCCAGGAGGAGUCUGGAAGUGAAGGACUACCCAGCCCACCCGUGGUGGACAACAAUCUGCCCAUUAGCUGCAACUUACUGUGCCCAGUGCCCCAGCUGAUAGGAGUCCCUCAUUUUGGAAUCCCACCUGGCCUGACAUUGAACCCUUGGAAUAACCAAACCUUCCCAAACCUGCCUCCGGAGAUCUCCAAAAACAUUUUGUUGGGAAAUUGUGGCAUCAUGGAUUGCUCUGGGAUACUGGAGCCCUCUAGUGAUGACUAUAUGCCUGUUAAGAAGGUUCAAGGUUGAUAAGGUGGUACAAGUGAUCACUUAACCCAGCAAAGAUGACAGGGACUCAGGGACGUGUGAUGAAAAAAACAUUUUAUAAACUUAAUAUGAUAAACAUAAUAUAUAAACAUAUUAUGUCAUAAUUUGCAUAACUGUAUGGUCAUUAUGAGCAAUGUUGAUGAUGAGCAAUGUUCUCAAAUUUCUGUAAUGCUGCAGGAACAGUACCUUACCUACCCGUGAUCUGUUUAAGAUCAAACCUACCUUCAGAGGAAAUAUUUGGUGAAAUAUUAAAUUCAUAAAGCCAAAGUCUCUGCAAUGACAGUACACCAUCACAUCAUCAAAACAGAGAAGAGCACUAAACUUAUAAUUCUAAGUGUCACAAUUUGACCAUAUGAAUGGUUUCCCAGGUUGUCAGAUGUUUAAAAAAAAAGAUCACAAAGUCAAACCUUGUCUCAAAACAUACUGAAACGUUACAUCACUUUGCAUACUGAACAUCACUUUGGUUUGACAUUUAUUUUGAGUGAGAAAGUCACUAUUUGUUAGCUAUAUUAGCUGUGUCACAUCAGUGUAAAACUAAUGCUGAAAAUUCUGGACACCAGUGUCUUGGCUUGCAGCCGCUUGUUUACCACAGCGGCUUGUCCAGUUAGCGAAACAGAGAUGUGGAUCAGCUAUAUCUAUCUCAGUACUAUUUAUGUAUCUAAAUGAAGCUGUUAUAUAGCAACAAUAUUACACUUUACUAUUUGAUAUAAAUUAUUUACAGUAUUGUUAAUGGCAACUACUAUUUUCAGGGUUAUUAUAUUAUGUUCUUGAUGGACUGGAAUUUAACAGUAUUUUUUUUUAUUUAUGUGUAAUGUCAUGUCAAUGCUUAUGUCAUUGUGGGACCCUAAACACCGACAGCCUUAAUGUUUAAUGAAAAGUCACUCACACUUUCCAUCACCUAAAUAUCACUGCCAAUGCUUAUUCAGUCUGUUUGUCAUUUAAAUGAGCUUCAGUAUUAUGGGACUCUAAAGACAAUGAUUGCAUAUAUGUGUGUGACACAGACAUUUGUGGUAUAUUGUGAUGUGUGCACAUGUGUACAGUACAUAUAUGUAUUUGUGCUGCGCUGCUAUGCAACCAUAUCAUCAUGAAAUUUUAAUUGUUUAUGAAGUCUAUAAAGUGCUAUUUUUUUAAUGGAGA